AUUUUUUUUUGUCUUCCUCUCUUGGUUCCUUUUGUUAAUCUCGCAGAAAACGACGCCGGAGAAAGCGAUCCGCAUGAGGCUCAGUCCAUCUCUCUCAGCUGAGUCGACUCUGUGACUCAGUUACUCUCCUCUCUCAAUUCCCUAUUUUUCCCUGUUCGUUUGAUCUAUCGAUCCUCAAGCUUAAUUAGGUUGGUGACUACUCAAAUCCGACGCCGUUUCCCUCCAUUCUAUGCUUCUCGGCCAUGGCGGAAUCACCAUCCACCUCUUCUUCUUCAUCACCACCUGAUUCCAGAGACAACAAGUUGUGGAAAGGCAUAUUCGCCGUCUCCGGAAUCAUGGUUACCCUCGUCACCUAUGGCGUCUUGCAGGAAAAGAUCAUGAGAGUUCCUUAUGGAGCUCAAAAGGAAUAUUUCAAGCACUCACUCUUUCUUGUUUUCUGCAACCGUAUCACAACAUCUGCUGUUUCUGCUGGUUCUUUGCUGGCAAGUAAAAAAGCACUGGACCCAGUAGCUCCCAUUUAUAAGUAUUGCCUUGUGUCUGUAUCAAACAUACUAACCACAACUUGUCAGUAUGAGGCCCUCAAAUAUGUCAGUUUUCCAGUUCAGACUCUUGCAAAGUGCGCAAAAAUGAUACCGGUUAUGAUCUGGGGUACCAUUAUCAUGCAGAAGAGAUAUCAGGGACCUGACUAUAUGCUGGCUUUUUUGGUUACCCUUGGCUGCUCAGUAUUUAUCCUAUAUCCGGCAGGAGAAGACAUAAGUCCAUACAGUAGAGGAAGGGAAAAUACAGUUUGGGGCGUUCUCCUUAUGACUGGCUAUCUUGGGUGUGAUGGCUUUACAAGCACAUUUCAAGAUAAGCUGUUUAGAGGCUAUGACAUGGAGAUACAUAAUCAGAUAUUUUAUACAACAUUAUGUUCUUGUAUUCUUAGCCUGACAGGUCUUAUUUUACAGGGACAUCUAAUACCAGCAAUAGAGUUUGUUUAUCGCCAUCAUGAUUGUUUCUUUGACAUAGCAUUGCUUUCGACUGUGGCAACAGCUAGCCAGUUUUUUAUUUCCUACACAAUUCGCACUUUUGGUGCUCUGACAUUCGCUACCAUAAUGACCACAAGACAGUUGGUGAGCAUUAUGCUGUCAUGUGUGUGGUUUUCUCAUCCUCUUAGCUGGGAACAGUGGAUUGGAGCCGUCAUUGUCUUUGGUUCCCUUUAUGCAAAAAGCUUCACGAGGAAAGCACCUCAAAAAACAACCUCCUCCGACUCCAUACCACUUGUUCAAAGUGGGGAUUCAAAUAAUUUGAAGGACAACCCGUGAUUGCGAUGGAGGAAAGCUCACUGACCCGACACCUGGUGGCUUGACAUAAAUCCAGACAGCACCAACUGCAGCCAGAUUCCCAGAUUUUACAUCACAAUCCUAACAAUAGAGAAGUUAAAAGGAUGUUAACCCCACAUUUUUUCAGUAGGGGAGAUCAAUCAUAGAGUAACCAAAGCCAAAAGAUUUUUAUUGAUUGACAUAUGUAUAAUGCAUUUGCUGAAGCCAAAAAUUUGUGUAGGAGGGAAAGAUGGAAGGUUUGUGGUGGUCUGUAGGUUGAUAGGUUCCAUCUUUUUUUUUGCUAUAAGAUAGGGAAAUUUCCAUCUUUAACUUGAUACCAUAAUUGGCAAUUUAUUUAUGGUAAUAUCUAUAAGCAUAAUGUGGAAAGUUUUAACAGGCAUAUAGCAUGGAACCUUGAUUCACAGGUUCAUGCUGUAUGCACUGGUUGUUUCUUGUGGAAGCAAAAUGCCAGUUACAGAAGUCAUGGAAAAAUUGAUUUUGUUAAACAAUUGAGAAGUGUUUUAUUUUC